AGAUACAUAAAAAAGUAAAUUCAAACUCAAAAAAAGUUCAAAGACAAAAUUCUUGUAUCUAACGUAGCUACACACAAAAAUAACAGAAACUGAAACACCUUCAUCGUACCCUUCAAAAUCUCUCUCUCUACCAAUGAACCAUACAUGAAGAAAAUUUCACUAUCUUCCAUCAUCUUUUCCACUUUCACCUUCGUCAUUCUCAUCUCAUCACUCCCCGUAACCAAUGCUCUCGGCUCCGGCACCACCCUCGCCGUGGUUGACUCCACCGCCACCGUCUGCGGCAUCAUAUCAUCACAAAAAACUCAUAAAAUCAUUUGCUACCGCCACGGUCACCUCAUCACCGCCGUGCCGGAAGUCUCAUUCUCUUCAAUCUCAGGUGGAAGAAACUACUUCUGUGGUAUUAGGUCCGGUAACUACAGUAUCCUCUGUUGGGACACUGUUUCAUCAAACACAACGUUUGAAACAAGAAGGCUUUACAACAACAACAAUGGAACUGUUCUAUACGAGAAUCUUGCUGUUGGUGAUUCACAUGUUUGUGCUACAAUGGUUAAUGUUGGAAACGUUGCUUGUUGGAGAAUGAAUAAAGGUUUUGUUUUGCCAUCUGGGUUUGAUCAAUUUUCUUCAAUAACUUCUGGGUUUGGUUUCACUUGUGGAAUUUUGAAGAAAAAUGAUUCUGGGUCGGUUCGUUGUUUUGGUAAUGUGAAUGUGAAUGAAUCUUCCAUUGCUGAGAAGAUAGAGAAAGAGUUUGUGAAUGUUUCUAUGGUGAGUCUUGUAGCUGGUGAGUCACAUGUUUGUGGAUUGAAUUCAAAAGGGUUUUUAGUUUGUAAAGGAAGUAAUAAUUUUGGUCAAAUUAAUGUUCCUAAUCAAGUUGAGCCUUUGGAAUAUUCUGAUUUAGCUUUGGGAGCUGAACAUAGUUGUGCUAUUAGAAGAUCUAAUGGUUCUGUUGUUUGUUGGGGUGGUAAUGGAUUGUUUGAUGUUAAUGUUACAAAAAAUGUUUCUUUUGAGGUUAUUGUUUCUGCUUCCAAUUUUACUUGUGGAUUGACAACAAACAAUUUUUCUGUUGUUUGUUGGGGUCCUAGUUGGAAUGGUUCAACUUUUCAGCUUCCUUUGCCACCUAUUCUACCAGGGAUUUGUGUUCAAUCUUCUUGUAGUGAAUGUGGUAUGUAUCCUCAAUCUCAGUAUUUAUGUUCUGGAUUUAGUAACAUUUGUAAACCAAAACCUUGUUGGCCUCAAAUGGAUGUUCCGGUGCCGUCGCAGAUAGCAACCCCGCCGCAGCCGGGGCUGCCGUGUUCUAGGUCAAAGACAUUGACAAAGGGGUUAUUGUUGUUUGCUAUUGUUGGAUUAAUUGGAGCUGUUGCUGGUUUGUGUACUGUGGUUUAUUGUUUGUGGAGUGGUGUGUGUUUUGGUAAGAAGAAAGUUCACAAUUCCGUUCAACCAACAAUCACUAGAGGUGGAAGUCUUAAUUGUGGUGCAUUUUCGAAUUAUAGUCCAACUUCGAGAUCAUCCACGAUUAGGCGACAAGGUUCGAGGAUAAUGAGGCGUCAGAGAAGCGGAACAUCGUCAACAAAACAUCCAGAUAGGUCAGAAGAAUUCACUCUUGCUGAGCUUGUUGCAGCCACAAACAAUUUCUCACUUGAGAACAAGGUUGGUGCUGGAAGCUAUGGUGUUGUUUACAAAGGUAAACUCGCAGACGGCCGCGAGGUAGCAAUCAAAAGGGGUGAAACUAGUACUAUGAUGAAAGUUUUUCAAGAGAAAGAGAGCGCAUUUGAGUCUGAAUUAGCCUUUUUGUCGCGCCUACAUCACAAGCAUUUGGUUAGACUAGUCGGUUUUUGCGACGAGAAAGAUGAAAGGCUUUUGGUUUAUGAGUUCAUGAAGAAUGGUGCAUUGUAUGAUCAUUUGCACGACAAAAACAACGUUGACAAGAAUAGUAGUUUAUUGAAUUCUUGGAAAAUGAGGAUCAAAGUCGCAUUGGAUGCUUCACGUGGAAUUGAGUAUCUCCAUAAUUACGCAGUUCCAUCAAUAAUUCAUCGAGACAUCAAGUCAUCGAACAUUCUCAUUGACGCGGAUUGGACAGCUAGAGUGUCUGAUUUCGGAUUGUCAAUGUUGAGUCCGGAUUCUGAUCAUGAUUAUCGACCAACAAAAGCAGCCGGAACGGUUGGAUACAUCGAUCCUGAAUAUUAUGGUCUAAAUGUAUUAACAGCAAAGAGUGAUGUUUAUGGUCUAGGAGUAGUUUUACUUGAGCUAUUAACAGGAAAAAGAGCUAUAUUCAAGAAUGAUGAAAAUGGAGGAACACCAAUUAGUAUAGUAGAUUUUGCAGUGCCUAUAAUUAUGAAAGGAGAAUUGAUGAAAAUUUUGGAUCAAAGGGUUGAACCACCAGAGAUGAAUGAAACAGAAGCAGUGGAGCUUGUGUCAUAUACUGCAAUGCAUUGUGUGCAUUUGGAAGGAAAAGAUAGACCAACAAUAAGUGAUAUUGUGGCUAAUUUGGAACGUGCUUUCACUCUUUGUGAUAGUAGUAGUCAUGGUAGCAUUUCUAGUGCUACAAUCUCUAUUGGAUCUGACUGAUAUUGAAAAUUUUACUUGAUUAUUAUUGAUUCUUUUUGAUGAAUUUUAAUUUGGGUAUACUCUUGGGGUGUAUGUAAAGAUUUAGGAAUGUGAUCUAACAAUAGGCUGUAGUGUAAAAUUUUGUGAAACACUAAUAGCCAGUAAAAUUGAUCAUUUGCAAUUUCAUUUUUCA